GAGAGGAGUAAUGGCGGCCGGGUAGACACACACACACACCGACACCUCGUCCACAAGCAGCCGCACUCACCGCAGCCCUCCGGGGGCAGCUACCUCACACACCGCGGCGGAGCCUCAGAACCGGAGCGGACUCACGGGCUUCAGCUGGAAGCGGAAUCCGUCCUUGGACCUCUGCUGCCCGGGACUUUCCUUCUCCUUCUCCCCGAGAGAGAGGGAGGAAAACAUGGAUGAGCAGCCCGGCGGAGGAGGAGGGGUCGGAGCGGGCGCUCUGAGGCAGCCUCCACCGCCGCAGCAGCAGCUCCAGCCGGGAGGCGCCGGCAGCGCCAACCCGCCGAUCGGAGGUGGAGGGAUCAUGGUGCCGCACCAGCCGGACGAGCUGCCCCGGCCCCAGCAGCAGUACACCAUCCCCGGCAUCCUGCACUACAUCCAGCACGAGUGGGCCCGGUUCGAGAUGGAGAGGGCGCACUGGGAGGUGGAGAGGGCCGAGCUCCAGGCGAGGAUAGCGUUCCUACAGGGAGAGAGGAAAGGUCAGGAGAACCUGAAGAACGACCUGGUUAGAAGAAUAAAAAUGUUAGAAUAUGCCCUCAAGCAAGAAAGAGCAAAAUAUCACAAGUUAAAAUAUGGAACCGAGUUAAACCAAGGGGACAUGAAGAUGCCCAGCUUUGAAUCAGACACCAAAGACUCGGAGGUCUCUGCUGUUCCUGCCAACAGUCAGCUCACCUGGAAACAAGGCCGACAGCUCCUCAGACAGUACCUGCAGGAAGUCGGAUACACAGACACCAUCCUGGACGUUCGUACACAGAGGGUUCGCUCUCUGCUCGGCCUGUCGGGCUCCGAGCAGAACGGGUCUGUGGAGAACAAGAACCUGCAGCACCUGAUCAACGGGACGGAGCGCCGCAGGGACAGCAAGAGGAGUCCAGGUGAUGUUCUGGAGACGUUUAACUUCCUGGAGAACGCAGAGGACAGCGACGAGGAUGAGGAUGAGGAGGGAGACCUGAUGGACGACAUCAGUCCAGGCAAACACCAUCGAGCCAAGAAACACAAGACCAAGGUGGGGAACGAGGGCCUGGCGUCGGAGGAUGACGCAGACACAGAGGAGGCACUGAAGGAGUUUGACUUCCUGGUGACAGCAGAGGACGGAGAGGGAGCAGGCGAAGCUCGGAGCUCUGGAGAUGGAACCGAGUGGUCGGAGCCUCUACCGUUUCCUACUGGUGGGGGGAAGUCCUUCCUGUUGGGGGGGUCGGACGACGUGUUGGAGAGCGUGCUGGGUCUGGGUGACCUCGCUGACCUCACCGUCACCAACGACGAAACAGACUACAGCUACGACCUGCCAACCAAUAAGGACUCUUCGUUCAGGAAGACCUGGAACCCCAAGUAUACGCUGCGGAGCCACUUUGAUGGCGUUCGAGCGCUGGCCUUCCACCCUGUCGAGCCCUGCCUGGUCACCGUGUCCGAGGACCACACCCUCAAGCUGUGGAACCUCACCAAGACCGUCCCCGCCAAAAAAAGUGCCUCUUUUGAUGUGGAGCCCGUCUACACAUUCAGAGCCCAUGUUGGUCCAGUGUUGUCGUUGGCAAUGACCUCCAGUGGUGAGCAGUGUUUCAGUGGAGGCAUCGACUCGACCAUCCAAUGGUGGAACAUCCCCAGCUCAAAUGUUGACCCCUACGACACCUACGAUCCCAGCGUUCUUGCUGGGUCGUGGGUGGGGCACACAGAUGCUGUGUGGGGAUUGGCUUAUAGCGGUAUCAAGAACCGCCUCCUGUCCUGCUCGGCAGACGGAACGGUGAAACUGUGGAAUCCGACGGAGAAAAACCCCUGCAUCUGCACUUUCAACACAAACAAGGAACACGGGAUCCCCACAUCAGUGGACUUUAACGGCUGUGACCCCGCCCACAUGGUGGCGUCCUUUAACAGUGGAGACGUGGUGGUGUACGACCUGGAGACCUCCCAGCAAGCACUGGUGCUGAAGGGUCAGGGGGACAGCUCCCUCCCGGGUUCGAAUCAUAUCAACAAGGUGGUGAGUCAUCCCACGCUGCCGGCCACCAUCACCGCCCAUGAAGACCGACACAUCAAGUUCUACGACAACAAGUCAGGUAAAGUGAUCCACGCCAUGGUGGCUCACCUGGACGCAGUGACCAGCCUGGCGGUGGAUCCUAACGGGAUCUACCUGAUGUCUGGCAGUCACGACUGCUCCCUGCGUCUUUGGAACCUCGACAGUAAAACGUGCGUUCAGGAGAUCACGGCUCACCGGAAGAAGAGCGAGGAGGCCAUCUAUGACGUGGCCUUCCAUCCCUCCAAGGCCUUCAUCGCCUCCGCCGGAGCCGACGCCCUCGCCAGGGUCUACGUGUAGACAAGGAGGAGAGGAAACAGACAAACCUGGGGCGAGAGACUCAGACAGACAGAGAGAGAGAGGAGACAGGCUGGUCUGUUCACACACUAAAAGGAUUCAGGUCUGUUCAGGUCUCUGAACACAGAAUAUAUAUUAAAGACUGGAGGUGACGAGCAUCUGGACACACACACACACACACACACACACACACACACACUCAGAGGCUGAGCGCUGCCGUCUCCCUGCGACUGAGCGAAGAGACGUUCAGCAGCAGGAACGUUGUGGAAACGUUGUUUGAACCUGCAGGUCGACACACAGCAGCUCGUCUGUCCUGUGAUGUCCCCCCCCGCCCCCGUGUGCUGGGUCCCUCACGCAGCUCUGAUGACACUACAUGGAGCCCCCACCCUGCGCAGACCGGAGAAGCAGGCGUCAAAGGAGUUAAAGGAAAAAUCCCUCAGAUCUCGUUUCUGUCUCUGUGGUUCCGUCUGUUUUUCGUCUUGUUGUUGAACGGCGUCGUUGCCAGGUUACAGAAUCCACCGGACUCCCUGUUAACGAACAGGGACGAGCGUUAACGUCCUUUAUCAAACAAACACCAGUGGAGUCUGCUGCUCUCCUGAAGACGGACUUUCCCACAGUUUUCAAACCUUUGAUGGAUCAGUGAAUCGGUGAUGGAGAUAUGAUGAUUGACAGCAGCUCUGAACUGAAACCCUCCUGAUGCUGGUGUCGCUCUCACCUGCUGCUAAAGUGACUCACGGCCGUUUCCAGAGUCAAACUUCUGUUUGAGCAGAAACAUCCUCGAGUGUCGAGUCAGUGCCGACGUGGCCUGAGAGGGGGUGUCAGUGCCCCGUGACAUCACUGUGAAGAGAUUCACAAAGUCACCGAACAUCAACCAGGAAGACAACGGCAGGAGGAACAUCUGAGGCCGAUUUCUCCUUUAGAGCGUCGACCUCCAGCCGGGCGGAGGGAAACUGGUCCGGACUCAACACGGGAGCAGGUCAUCGGAUUCUAACCCGUCGUGGUUUCUCUUUAUUUACGUUUUUUAACAAUGAAAUCUGAACCAAAGCUUAGAUUUUAACCUGCAAAACUUUUUACGGUGUUUUUAAAGAAUAUAAAUUGAGAUGAAGUUGGAGAAAAACAUCAUCUGUGGAUUUCGUUCAGAAACUUAAUGACAACCACGUCGGGUCAGACGUCCGAUUGUCUGUUGCCGUUUGUCUCCCUGACGAGGUGUGAGCCGAUUGGAUGAUUGGUCGAUUCUUUCCCACCUCAGCCAUCGGUGGGCCAAUCAGAGCCCUGCGUUUAAACUCCACCCAUGUGAGAGCGAAGCAUUCAGUGGUUGAGCGUUAUUGUUUUUGUUUGUGUAAAAUAAAUCUAGUUUUUAUAAUCCCUUUUUUAUCAGCGUCUCGUUAACGGCACAGAGGAGGUUCCUCUCUCCCGUCCAGUCAGAAGCCCCGCCCACCUCCCCCCCAUGGUAGAGACACUACAGGCACAAAA